UAAUCCCUCGACCAUCCUCUCCACUCCACCCGGGUGAGUCGGCUAUCGAGGCACAUAGGCUGCAGUCGUUUCAAGAUCUGGGGGGUAUAUCAUGGCUCGCACGGCCCUACGGAGUGCUGUAGUAGUCGUCUUGGCCUUCGCUCAGCUUUCAACAUCGUUUGUGCUUUGGAGUAGCCCUGCUGCAGCCCCCGGCGCGUUUACUCCAUACCCUCGAGGGCAGCACCCCAGCAGCACACCCAUGGCUCCUGGCUUGACCGAACGCAUCGGUUCGACGGCGGUGGUGGGUGCCAGGGCUAUGGCGUCCUCCUCGACCAACGAGACUCCCCCCGUAUCGCCGCUCCCGGGAAACUGCUUGGUCAUCGGCGGGAACCGCGGGUUGGGGUUGGAGGUCGUGCGACACCUGAAGAAGCGAGAGAGUACAGUCCUGGCCACCACUAGGACGACCAACGCCGAUCUUGAGGCUGUCGGGGUUAGCGUGCUCGAGGGGAUCGACGUCUCCGACAAGGACUCCGGGACCAAGCUCGUGGAGGCGGUGCAGAAGGAGCUGGGUGAGGGCGGCACUCUCGACUACGUCAUAUGCAACGCUGGAAUUUUGAUCCCCGACACGUUCGAAGACCCCGAGUUCGACGCGGCCGUCAAGAUGUACGAGGUUUGCGUGCUCGGACCCCUCCGUGUCCUCCAGGCUCUAGUAGUGUCAGGACUGUUGCGGAAGGGAUCGAACAUCGGCAUGAUCACGUCGGAAGGCGGGUCGGUCGGCCUCCGAACGGAGGUAGAGGGGGGGAACAACUACGGGCACCACAUGAGUAAAUGCGCUCAGAACAUGAUGGGCAAGCUCUUCGCGCUGGACGUGAAGACCCGCGGUGUGGCGAUCGUGAACAUCCACCCCGGCUUCAUGAAGACGAGCAUGACCGAGAUAUACGCCGACAAGUACGACGAACUGGGUGCCAUCGGGCCCGAAGAAGCAGCGCCCGGCAUAGUAAAGGCCGUGGAGGACCUGACUCUGGAGACCACGGGGAAAUUCAUCGCUCCCCAAGGAAGCAAGAGCCUAGGCCUGGGCGUCUACGCGCUCGAGGACCCCGAAAGCUACGGGCCCUUCUGCGAGCUCCCAUGGUGAUCUUUACUGCCGCCGAACCGUGCAAACACCCCUCCUCCAUGACGUAUCCGAAGGGAGAACCGCGGAGCCAGGUUGUCAAUCAAGCACCGCAAAGGGUACAUCCUUCUUCGAAAGUGGGUGCCCGUAUGUAGAAGGCGCUGAUCAGGGGAGAACGAAAAGUCGCCCAUUUUUUGUUGCUUGUCGUAGAGGCUUUGGGUUCGGCAGUGCGAGAGGGGACGAAGUGCUGUCGGUGGUGUUUCGAAGACAGGGAUCACAUGUCAUCGACCUAGAGCAAAGGGUUGCAUCUCCAGGCGCUUCGUUCUCCUUUGAAUACAACGGGGAAAAAAAGAGAGCCGGGGGCUCCGUGCAUUCUAUGGCACGGAUGAGCAGAAGAUGAUUCAUAUCUGCGCUCGAGCAAACCCUUGCAAGCAGCAGUACUAUUGCUUCCCACGCUUUUCCAGCUCGCUUGAGUAAGUGCUGCUUCUUGAGGCUGCCGUCUAGACGGCUCUGCGGUGCCUCUACUGUUCGUGAAUCACGUCAACGCGUGUGUACAGAGCCUGUAUAUUUGUCCCGUCUGCUCCUUGUUAUUAUUGUUCAGUUUGCUGCUUGCUUUUGUUCCGUGUCGAGUUGUCGGGUUUCCGUGGAUUCCCGAACGCGGUGUUUGUAUUCAGGGGGGGGGAGCGCGGGUACCGUAGCGACGAGAAUUCGCGCGCAGAUGGUCCCCCUACAUGCAGCGUUUCCUUGUCAGCCCUGUUGGUCACCCUGUGUACCAGGGACGCAUAUUUAUUGGACCUGUCCGUCAACAACCAGCGGACGUGCCACCUUUUACGUUGGACCAUAUUGUAGUUCAGAAUCGGAGAUUUGAGAGGGAAACAUUACGUACUGUAUCACCGAACCGUUUUUUGUCAUGGCCCAGGCCGCGCAAUGUCCAUGUCAGUUCAAAUGUUUAUACGCUUCCCAUU